CAAUUGCAACACACCCACAAACACACUACACGCACAGCCAUAUCAAGCUUGUGCUUCUCCUCCUCCUUCGUUUUUCUCCAUCUUCUUCUUCACUGAGCGAUGGGUUGCGAGAGCUCUUCUGUCAAACCCGCGUUCUUUUUGUUACUGUGUUUCCUUCUUGGAACAGCUUCUGCUCAGCUGUCCAGUACUUUCUACUCCACAUCCUGCCCCAGCGCCCUCUCCACCAUUAAAUCCGGCGUGAGCUCUGCCAUCUCGAGCGAGGCUCGCAUGGGGGCCUCGCUGCUCCGCCUUCAUUUCCACGAUUGCUUCGUCAAUGGAUGCGACGCGUCAAUUUUGUUGGACGACACCGCGAACUUCACUGGGGAGCAGAACGCCGGCCCGAAUGCCAAUUCCAUUCGGGGAUUGGAUGUGAUCGACAAUAUCAAGUCCCAAGUGGAGAGCAAGUGCCCUGGGGUCGUGUCCUGCGCUGACAUCUUGGCAGUCGCUGCACGAGAUUCCGUCGUUGCCUUAGGUGGCCCAAGUUGGACAGUCUUGCUGGGAAGAAGAGAUUCAACCACCGCAAGCCAAAGUGCUGCUAAUAGCAACAUCCCUGCCCCAACUUUGAGCCUUAGCGGCCUCAUCACUGCCUUCUCUAACAAAGGCUUCACCGCCAAAGAAAUGGUGGCACUCUCAGGGUCGCACACGAUUGGUCAAGCUCGAUGCACAACUUUCCGAACCCGGCUUUACAACGAGAACAAUAUCAAUGCCACGUUCGCAACCUCGCUGAAAGCGAACUGUCCGAGCUCCGGAGGCGACAACAAUCUCUCUCCUCUCGACACCACGAGCCCGACGUCCUUCGACAACGCCUACUUCAAGAACUUGCAGAUUCAAAAGGGGCUUCUUCACUCAGACCAGCAAUUGUUCAGUGGUGGUUCCACGGACGCUCAAGUGAACACUUACAGCAGCAAUUCGGCUACUUUCAUGACAGAUUUUGCGAACGCCAUGGUGAAGAUGGGUAACCUCAGCCCGCUCACCGGCUCAAGCGGUCAGAUUAGGAAGAGCUGUGGGAAAGUCAAUUAAUGUUCCUUCAGGGUUUUACCUUUGCUGUCUUCAAAGUUUUGAAUUUUGUGCUUCAUCUCUUAUGCUCUCAAGCUUAUUUUAAUAAUAAAAGGUUCUGUCUAUUUUGGAUGGUUAA